AUGCAAUUGAUCAACGCCUCCGCACUCGCCUGUGCUCUCCUCUCCGUCGCCGGACUUGCCUCUCCCGCUCCCCCGGCUACAUGGAAAACCGCAGCCACCGUCCAGCUUGCCAAUGACCACUCUGGCGCCAAUGCCAACGUUGCCGUUCCCCUCGACGGCGUCAAGCGCCCCAUCCAGGAACUUUGGGGCCACACCGCGGUUGCUCAGCAUGGACUUGUCUUUGCCUCGAGCGCCCAGCUCACUGCAUUUGAUCAGACCACUGUUUGCAAGAUCACCGAAGAGUCUGGUGUUAUCGCAACCCUGACCGCCGAAAAGACCUGGGUCUCGGUCGGUGGACAUGUGGAAGACCUCUGCUCCGCUUACAUCGAGUGUGAAUGUGCGCGCAAGCUUUAA